UCCUCUCUUUUUCUCUUUCAAGGCGUUUGGAGCAACGUGCUAUAGGUUUAUCUUUGUAUGCCUUUGUUUUCAUGUCGCAUUUCGUAUGUAUGUUACGAUAUUGGGACAACUAACAAGUAGGGAUUACAAAUUAUCGGAUUUUAAAUGGCAGACUCAACGCGAAAGAAAAUUCGGACUGAAGCUUUUCGUGUGGAAUCCGAAAAUAAUGACACGGUGCAACAAAAUUGUGAAAAUUCAGUGGAUUCGAACAUCUACUUAACCUAUGAUAUUUUGAGAAUUAUUUUCGGAUAUUUAAACGGGAGAGAUUUAACAAAUGCCGCAAUGGUUUGCAGGCUUUGGUUGGAGGCUGCAAACAAUGAAAAAAGCAUAAGAAGAAGUCCUCAUUGUUUUAAAGAAUAUUUCAUUGUUAAAUCACUUGAAAAUUAUAAAAGAUCUACAGAUAAUUUUAAUCUAAAACAUCUCAAAAACUCAAGAAUUAAACCAUUUUUAGGUUUUUUUUUUAUUUCUGUAACUAGCACAACAAUAUCACAUCUUAUAACAGAAUAUAUCCUGAAUUUACUUCCAAAAAAUUGUGAGACUACAAUACUAUGUACUCGUAGUAUUGUUAAUGAAGAACAAGAUUAUACAUCAAUUCCAUCAAAUAUAAUAUGUGCAUUGUUGCCACAAAUUUCAAAUGUGAAAGUCAAUAUGUUUACAAUAUGUAUGCCAUAUAUACAAAAAUCAAUUUCGCAAAAAGUUGCAAAACAACAAUCUGAAACAUUUGAAUAUGAGAAGAAUAAACUUUUUAAUGUGAUUGAUGAAACAUCUAUGCCAAAUAACAAGUCUACGUGUUUAAUGUUAUUCUGCAAUUAUUCAGGUCAUGCUACAGCAGAGCAUAUGAUCUCGGCUGUACAAAACAGCAAAGGAGAUAAAAUAGCUUCUUUAUGGGGUGGUGUAGUACGAAAUGUAUAUACACAGCGUAUACAUAAUAAUGAAAAGUUCAAAAAAGCGACAAAAUUUUGUGUAUAUAGUUCAUAUUGUGUAGCUGUCCUAAUUACUGGUCCAAUACAAUCAUGGUCCAUAGUGGUAGACCAAAAAUGCGACACAAAGGCGCUAGUUGAAAAAAAAUUAAAAUUAUUUAAGGACCAAGUAAAGUUAAGGAAACAUUCCGUGGGAUUUAUGUUCGCAUGCAUAGGUCGCACUAUAGACGCUGAAAAAGAAAUAGAGUCAAUAAUAUUCAAGACACUAUUUCCCAAUGUACCUUUAGUUGGUUGUUUUGGUGAUGGCGAGUUUGGGAAAAAUACGAUAUCUGUUAACGAAAUGAAAAAGACAAAAAAAAGGAGCAAAGGAAAAAACGAUUCUUGGUGUCAUCAAUUCUCAACCAUAUUUAUGAUACUUACGUACGAUUGAAAGAAGACGACAUGUGAUUUUCGUGCAAUUAUUAUUUUUUGCGUUGCUAGAAUUUAACUAGAUUUCUCUUUCUCUCUUCUUCCCUCCUUCUCCCUUUCCCUCUUGCAAUAAAUCCUUUUUUCCUAUUUAUGUUUAUACAUAAAUAACAGCUCUUAUAUUCACAAAGUAAAAACAUACAAUAUCACGAAUAUUAUAGCAAUAAAUAGGGAGAUUGUACUUUAUUCUUAAAUGCGUUCUGCAUGUGUUUUAUACGAGUUUUAAAACACUAGUUUUAAAAACCGUUGCUACCGAAGAUUAAAAAAAUAUAUGUAA